GGUUCUGCGCCUGCGCAGCCCGGGUCACUCCGCGGGCUGUUCCGAGGUUCCCGGCUCGCCGCCAUCUUGCACUGGGGCUUCAUUGUUCGUGCCGGGCCGGGCGCUUUAGUGUAAUUGCCGCCGCCGGAGGAGGCGGAGUAACCUCUGGGCGGCCGAGCCACCCCGUUAUCCCGCAGCCAUAGCCGUUCAAACGAGGUGGGAGGUAGCAAAGGGUAGGGAGCUGGACCCGGAGGCGCCGCCGCGACAGCAGCAGCCAUGGAGGACGAGAUGCCCAAGACUCUAUAUGUUGGUAACCUUUCCAGAGAUGUGACAGAAGCUCUUAUUCUCCAGCUCUUUAGCCAAAUCGGACCUUGUAAAAACUGCAAAAUGAUUAUGGAUACAGCUGGAAAUGAUCCAUAUUGUUUUGUGGAGUUUUAUGAACAUCGUCAUGCAGCUGCAGCUCUAGCUGCUAUGAAUGGGCGGAAGAUAAUGGGUAAGGAAGUCAAAGUGAAUUGGGCAACAACCCCCAGCAGUCAAAAGAAAGAUACAAGCAGUAGUACCGUUGUCAGCACACAGCGUUCACAAGAUCAUUUCCAUGUCUUUGUUGGUGAUCUCAGUCCAGAAAUAACAACUGAAGAUAUAAAAGCUGCUUUUGCACCAUUUGGAAGAAUAUCAGAUGCCCGUGUGGUAAAAGACAUGGCAACAGGAAAGUCUAAGGGAUAUGGCUUUGUCUCCUUUUUCAACAAAUGGGAUGCUGAAAACGCCAUUCAACAGAUGGGUGGCCAAUGGCUUGGUGGAAGACAAAUCAGAACUAACUGGGCAACCCGAAAGCCUCCAGCUCCAAAGAGUACAUAUGAGUCAAACACCAAGCAGUUAUCCUAUGAUGAGGUGGUUAAUCAGUCUAGUCCAAGCAAUUGCACUGUCUACUGUGGAGGUGUCACUUCUGGGCUAACAGAACAACUAAUGCGGCAGACUUUUUCACCAUUUGGACAAAUAAUGGAAAUUCGAGUCUUCCCAGAUAAAGGAUAUUCAUUUGUUCGGUUUAAUUCCCAUGAAAGUGCAGCACAUGCAAUUGUUUCUGUUAAUGGGACUACCAUUGAAGGUCAUGUUGUGAAGUGCUAUUGGGGCAAAGAAACUCUUGAUAUGAUCAACCCUGUACAACAGCAGAAUCAAAUUGGAUAUCCACAAGCAUAUGGCCAAUGGGGCCAGUGGUAUGGAAAUGCACAACAAAUUGGCCAGUAUAUGCCUAAUGGAUGGCAGGUACCUGCUUAUGGAAUGUACGGACAGGCCUGGAACCAGCAAGGCUUUAAUCAGACACAGUCUUCCGCACCAUGGAUGGGACCAAAUUACGGAGUACAGCCUCCUCCAGGACAGAAUGGCAGCAUGUUGCCUAACCAGCCUGCUGGGUACCGCGUGGCAGGAUAUGAAACCCAGUGAACAAGGACUACAGAAUCUUAGAGCCAGUGGCUUGAGGCUACAGAGUGGAAAGCCGUUGUUUACUUAAUGAUUCAUCAAAUCAGUCAGUGCAAAUGUCAGAUACAAUGUAUUUAUUUAAAAGAUUUCAUUUUUUAAUCAUGAAAUUACUUAUCAUCCACAUUGUUUUUCAAAGAAACAAGAUGCUGGAUGUCUGCCAAUUUUUGCCUUCAUUACUUUUUUGAUAAAGUUUCUCAGAUCCUUGUUUGAAAUACAAAUGCAGGGAUUGCUGCCACUUUUUUAAAUUAAGAGGCAGAAAAUUGCACAAUGUUGAACUUUUUUCCACUAAAGUAGUGUGCAGUUCUAGUUUGCAUUCCUGAUGAUUUAAAAUAUGUAAUAUAAAUAUGUAAAAAAAAAAGAGAGAAAAAGAAAAGAAAAACCAAAACUGUGCAUAGUCUAGAAGUUCUUUGUAAUCUUCAGCUUGUGCACAAUUCUGUUUUAGGUUUUGUGUUUUUUUUUUUUUAAGGCAUUGUUUGAACGGUCCCAUUUCCACUGUUUUCCUUUUGGAAUUUUUAAACAUAAAUUAUUAGUUUGCAUCAUUUUUGUAUCUUCAUUUUUCCAUGAAUUUGUCUUGCCUUAUUAGAGUUCUGUAAAAUAAACUUAAAAAUGGGCAAAAAUAAUGUUCACUUAGAUUGAAAACUUUACUCAGAUGGAUUGAUAGUUGCAUUCAUCUUGUGUUUUAUAUGAGAAGGUGCCUCAAGAAUUCCCUGUUGGAUUUGUUUUAAAGGAUUUUUAUCUUCUGUGAUAAACUUUGCUGUGUACCAGGAAACAUAAAAACAAAAACUUGUGACUAAAGAAAAUCUCUGAAAUGUGAUAAGUUUUUAUGAACCCAUGUCAAUUUUAUGUGUCAACUUAUACAUUUACAUGUCUUGUUUCAUUAUGUAAAAUGUUUUAGCAAUUUAUGAUUUUGCACAGUUAGCAUACUGCCAUUUCCUUCUUAAAGGCAUCAUGCAGAGUUGACAAGAGAUUUACAAGGUUUUGUUUGCAUGUGAAUAUCAAACACAUACUUUGAUAGUCUUUGAAUAUAAAGUCAUCAGCUCUUGUUUUUCAAAAAUUUUGAGACACAAAGUUAUAUGUAACGGAAUAUAUUAAGUUGCCAUUUUCUAGUUACAUUUACUCAGAAAAGAGUAAAUCAUCUUAAUUGUAAUAUGUACAAAUGAUAGCUGUGAAACUGUAGAAUAUGCUGAUAUCAGGCUUGGGGUUUGUUAUGAACUCCGAAAUUAGCCUGAAGGACCAGCCGGGCAAAGCAUUUUUUAAAUGUUCAGAGGCCAAAAUAUAAACAAACAAACAAAAAAAAACCUUAAAAUCCUACCUCCGUAAACAGCCUUCAAAGAGGAAAAUCCUCAGUGCAAUCAUUAUUUGAUUCUUUUUGGUACCUGUUUUCCUGGAGUUCCCAAUUUUAUUAUUUUGGGGUCCUCCGAGCAUUAAGAGGUUUAAUCUUUGAUGGCAUUGUUCUAGUUUUGAAAUUUCUAGUACAUUUCAGAGUCUCUUAGAAGAAUUGUGGGAGAUUUUGUUUUGUUGUGGUUUUUUGUUUUUUCAGUGAGGUCAAAAACUUAAUUCUUCCUUGACUCACAAAGGGGAAGGGUCCCCGGUAUAUAUAUUUGGAUGGCUGGUUAUUUUUAAGACCUCAGAGAGCUCCUAGAAUUUUAUUUAGCAACUACAAAAGGCUUGGAGAUCUUAGAAUUUCCUGGCCUGGCCUUUGUCUUCCAGGUAGGAGCAGUUAACUCUAAGCUGGUCUCUAAGCCAAUACUCUUGUAAACCAGAGCCCAGGAAAGACAGCUCAUACGUGUUUAAUUCUCUGGAGCUCAAUUCUAUGCAGUUGUACUGAUGUUUCAUUAAGUCACUGUGUAUUUUCAAGUGUUGAUAAAAGUUGCUUUAUGGAAGAUGAGAAAAUUUUUAAAUACUUGGAAAUUUUAUUUCCUGUUCUAUAGAUCAGGGCAUGCAACCCAAAGCAGCUUGAAUAAAAUACUCAAAAAAAAUAGCAGCAAGCUAUUUUUAGUUUCUUCUGACUUGAUUCUAUUUAGUUCCCUCAUUUUUGUCUGAUUCAAAAAAUAUGUCCUGUAUACCUGUGGACUGCAGGGUAAAUUAUUUGUGCAUAAAUAAUUUCAGCAAAAAUACAGUUUAUCUUUCAUUUUGACUAUUUCAAGUAAUGAUACUUUUUAUUAGCCAGUAUAUUUUCUUAUUACACAAAUGUACGCUGACUACUUUUUGAGAAGUGGUAUUAUGCAUGACGAAAAGGCUACUACUGAACAGUCACAUUUCAGGAACAUUGCUAACUUUGGUUUAAAUUUUACUCUUAUUGUUAAAACAUCAUUUAAAGACUUUUCAGUCUAAUAGUACUUAGUAAUCAAUUGAGGGAAUUAGAGUUUUAAACAAUUUCAUUUUUUGCAAUAUGCAUUCAAAUUUUAUUUUUAAAUACAUCUGGUACUGUAAUGAACCUCAAAUUAUUCCCACUUAAUGGGUCAUUAAUCCAGUAUUCUUUGCCCUGACUUCGGAUAUUAAAGUUCUUUUAUGUUUUCUAUAACCUGUGGGAUCUCCUUGCAAUGAUUAUUGUGUGUGAGAGAUCUUUUUUGACCUAGCCAUAUUGUUACAUUAGAUUUUUUAAAAAUCUUUUUUUCAGAAACCAUGGUUUGCAUUGAAUUGCUGUUUAACACCACAAAAAGUUGGCAUUCUGCAGAUUUAACUCAUCAUGAACCAGAUCUCAUUUUCAUUGUUGAUAGUAUCUGUUGAAGAUGAGAUUCACAGUCUGAUUUUAUUCUUUUCCUGUUUUGUCCCUGUGUUUGCUUGUCUUCCUUUUGUAUGUUUGUUAGAGCUCUGUUAUAUUUGAUAAGACCGUUUAUAAAACCUCAUUGCAUAUAAAGCAAGCUAAAUUUACUAAGUGCUAUAGGGUGCUCUCGAGGUUACAGUUGAGUUGUAAAAAUAAAUAUGUUUUUAAGAAAUAAACUUCCCAGGAAAGAGU